ACAACGGGUUCCGUGUCAAAGUACUCUUGCAGCCUACUUGGCAUGAAAAGUUGGACCACUCUAGCUUAAGUGUUUGAUGGUUUGUGGGUGUGGGUGUAGCCAACACCCCUUGCAUGUGUUAUGUGGGAAACACAAUCAUAGCAUUUGCUGCAGAGAGUAUGGAGCAACCAUGCAAAACCAGCUUGGGCAGAAGAUUGGACAUGACUCGACCUUAAUUCCAGUAGGUGUACUCUUAAAUAAAACUUAAUUGGAUGCAACACAUAUUAUUUCUGAUGUAGAUGUGCCAUGGAUUCAUGAAGGGCACUAAGAUACAAGAGAGCUUUUGACAGUGGGGGAAACAGACAGACAGACAGACACAGAGAGAGACCGCAUUUGAAAAUAUUGGACCAGAACAAACAGCUGCCAGGGUUCUCUGAGCACAGGGAGCCCAACAGUCUGGCUGGCACCAUGCUAAGCAAGCAACCCAUCCUUGUGGAAUCCCUCAUCAUGUUCACCAUCGUGCUUUGUGUGCACAGCACAGUCUGGGAUCGCUUUUCCUGGUGCGCCAUCGCGCUUGCAAUCCAAGCUUUCUAUAUCCAAUUUAAAUGGGACAACCUCCUCCGUCUGGGCAGCGCUGUCUUCCAGUUUCGGGCAGGAGCAAACAGUGGCCUCUUCCCAGCUUGCAUGGCUGUCCCAUUGCUGGGCAUUGUGAUGAAAGAGAGAUGCCAAGCAGCUGGUAUUGUGUACUUUGAGCGUUUUGGCAUCAUCGUAGCCUCCACUGGCAUGAUCAUCGCCCUGUUCCUCUCUGUGAUAGCGCUCGGUGUUACCAAACCUGUGCCGACAAAUACCUGCAUCCUCUCUGGCAUUGCUGGCAGCCUGAUCAUCUACACCAUGAAGCACUCGUUGACGGUCUCUGAAGUGAUUGAGGUCCUGGAGGUCCUGCUUAUCUUUGUCUACCUCAGUAUGAUACUGCUAUACUUGCUGCCUCGAUGCUUCACUCCUGGUGAGGCUCUGCUUGUCCUGACAGGAAUAAGCUUCAUCCUCAAUCAGCUCAUCAAACGUUCUCUGAACGUAACUGAAAGCAGAGGGGACCCGAUUGACUUCUUCCUCCUGGUGGUGGUCAUCGGGGUGGUACUCCUUGGGAUAUUCUUCACUGCCCUCUUUUUCUUCAUGGAUUCCGGGACCUGGAUCUCCUCCAUGUUCUUCCAUAUGAUGACGGCGGUGCUGGGUCUGGGGGUUGUCAUGCCGUGGCUCUACCGCCUGAUCCGGCAGAACCCCCUCUUUUGGCUCUCCCAGUUCCUCUCUCAAACACAGACCAGAGUUUAUCUUCUCUCCUACUGGAUCCUCCUGGCUGCUUUGGCAUGCACAGUGGUUCUCUAUCAAAACGCCAAGAGGUCAUCUGGUUCUAAGAAACACCAAGCAUCAACCAUAACCAGGAAAUACUUCCAUUUCAUUGUGGUAGCAACGUACGUCCCAGGUCUCAUCUACGACCGCCAGCUCCUCUACGUGGCUGCUGUGGUGUGCUUGGCAGUUUUCAUUCUUCUAGAGUACAUCAGAUACUUCACCAUCAAACCCUUGGGGCACACCCUCAGGAACUUGCUCUCUCUCUUUUUGGAUGAAAGGGACAGUGGGCCUUUGAUCUUGACUCACAUCUAUCUUCUGCUGGGGAUGUCACUCCCUGUUUGGCUGUUCCCCAGACCUUGUGCCUCAAAAGCUACUUUGCCUGGGGCUGGGGCCCUGGCCCCUUACUCUGGGGUGCUUGCUGUGGGCAUUGGGGACUCAGUAGCUUCUAUUUUCGGGAGCACAGUGGGGGAGAUCAAAUGGCCGGGGACCAAGAAGACCUUUGAAGGCACCAUGAUGAGCAUAUUUGCCCAGAUCAUUGCUGUUGCCAUCAUUCUGAUCUUUGACAGUAGUGUGGAUCUAAAUGCCAGCUACUCCUGGAUUCUGGCAUCUAUUAGCUUGGUUUCCCUUUUGGAAGCCUACACUACCCAAGUGGACAAUUUACUUCUGCCUCUCUACCUCCAAAUACUACUGAUGACUUAGGGGACCUUGGCUGGGAAUCUUGGCAUGACCCGUGCAGGGAUGGAGGCUAUCGGUAGGGCAAUGGCUUGAAUCACUGUAGUGAACUCGCAGUAUCAGGCUGUGAAGUUCAAAACGAGGGAUAACAGUGUUCAGAUAAUUGCUCUUGGAUCAAAUGAAUAUUUAAAAACAGAAAUGCAAAAGUAUAUUUGUCAGCUUGUCAUUUUUAAUUGCGCUUUCAAAAUUAGUCCAGCAACUUUAGUUCUGUUGUAUUGCAGUGUUGUAAAGAUAAAUCAAGGAAAGGCAACAUGUGUAAGCAUA